AUGAGAAAAUCAAAGUUUCCAACUUCAGUCAAAGCAGAUAAACUUUAUGAGCUAAUUUUUGGCUCAGAAAAGCUCAAACCACACAUUAGCCCAGUUCUUUCACAGCUUAAUAUCUCAAUUCACGAUAUUGAGCCAAAAAGUAUAAAUGAUUUUCAAACGGAAGAUUCUAUUCAAGAAAUUGCCGAACUUAGAUUCAAUCACUACCAAAAAAAAAGACUUCAAAAGUUAGCUGAGGUUUCUAACUCCUCCCCCUCCGUGAGCGAACAAACCAUUGAAAAAAUCCCCCUCCAUGAGCGAAAAUUUUUUUUUGUUGAUAUAUAAGUGAUAAUUAUUAUGACGAAAUCUCUAGCUAUUCUCAUUAAUUUUAAACAAAUUGUGUUUUAAAACAUAAAAUUUACAAAUUAAAUUAAUAUUUGCUUCCAAUUGCGAAUCAGGAUUUUUUUAAAUUUUGAAAAAUAAAUUUUUACUAUAAAUUUGUAUAUAAAUUUUAUAAAAAAAAAAUUAACCCUCUUCUCUGACCAUCAAAACUUUUUUGUUCGCUUACGGAUGGGAGGGGAGCAAGGUUAUGCUCCAAAAAUAUCCCAAUGAAAGCGAAUUGCAAGAUGAUUCAAAUACAAUGAGCACCUGCGAUAUUGAGGCAGAAGUGCAGAGUCAAUUGUCAAGCGAGAAGACUAAAGAAAAGAGGUCAAGCUUGAAUGAAAUGCAAGAGAAAUGAAAUAAGGCAACUAAACUUAGACACAAAAGAAGGCAAGAAGCAGCGGACAGAGCUGUUAAACUGAUAAUGGAGCACCAAACACACUUUGUUGAAAAACUAAAAGAAAAAGAGCAAAGGACAAAAGAACAUUUGGAAAUGCAAUUAGAGAAAUUUAAUAAAAAACAAAAAAAACUGAAAGAACUAGAAUUAAAUAGAAAAGCAAGGCAAGGUUUUUCAUCAAGAGAGCAAAGCCAAGAAAAUUACAUAAAUAACUCAAGGUCAAUUUCUCCGGUCAAUGAAAAUUACCAUAAUGUUUCGUUUAAUACAAGAUCAAAAAGCAGGCUUUCUGGUGAUGAUUUUGAUACCUUAAUCGAUGAAAAAUUGAAGCAAUUUCAAAUAAAAAUGGACCUGGCGCUUCAAAGGCAUCAACUUUACAAUAAAGAGAAAUCAAAAACACAAGAAAAAAGGUGCUAUACAGUUAUGAAAAAACGAGAAGAAUGAGACGAAAAGAGAAGAGCUGAUGAAGAAAAAACAGUAAACGCGCUUUUUAAGCUUCAUGAUAGUCUAAUGCAAAGUCAUUAUAAUCGUGAAGAAAUAAAGAAAAAUAAAAAAAUUAAAUUGAUGCUGGAUCAGAAAAAAACAAAAAGCAAAAUGAUACUAGAUCAACAAACAGAAAAUUGACUGCAAAUAGAAAACCAAAUGAAUUUGAAAGAAAAAAAGAUACAGGAUAAAGUGGAAGAAUCAAAAAUGAAAAGAAUGAAAGAGGUUGAAAUCAAAAAAGAAAAGAAUCGCCUCAUAAUGAAUGAUGUGAUUGAAAAUAAGAGAAAAAAAGAAAAAAUUGAUGAAGAAAAGGCAAGAAAAAUAAUUGAAGAACACAAUAAAGAGUUGGAAGAAUUGAUUGAAAGGAAAAAAUGGAUGGAAACACUUGAUCAAAUUGCCAGGAAAAAGGAAAAUAAAUUGAUAUUAGAAAGCAAUAAGGUAAAAACGGAAGUUUCAUCAAAAAUGAUGGAAUUGCAUAAAAGCCUGAUAAAUUAA